AUGCCACAAAGCGGCAGAGACGUGGAAUGGCUUCGCGCCCAACUCCACGACCUCGGAGGUGCACCUCCUGAAAAAGAACCCCUAAAACCACUGUAUUCAACAUAUUCGGCAACAUGGUCUCAAUCCGAACACGACGAGGCUGUCCUCCUCCUGACUCAAGCGUCAGAAGGACGGAGGAAUGGCGAGGUAAAAACACUGACGACCGGAGGAAAGGGCAAGCCCGAGAAAUGGGCAUUCGAGGACUACGAGAGUGUCCUGAAUCGAGUCGUGGGCUCAAGCUCGGCCUCAGUUGGCGUCGUCGGCUGUGUUUUGAAGUACCUCAAUGACCAUCGCCCGAAAAGGGCCCGGCGAAGGUCGCUCAAGCUGCGAAAGUCAGUCACCGACGAUGAGAUGUCUUCUGUGACAGAGAGUCUAAUGAUGACGGCUUUGACUCAUGAUCAGCUGGAUCAAAUUCGCGUUUUGGCGUCUUUCACGCGCGCUGCUGGCCUCCACGCAGUUGUGAGCAGCGCUCUUCCAAGGGCGACCCAAAUGGACAACACGAAAGCCGUGCAAAUCCUUAUGGAAGAAGGCGCUGAUACAAACACAUGCUCGGAAGACUUCGCCAUGUGUGUCCAUGAAAAUAAGCUGGACUUGAUCCGUCUUCUACUCCGAUCUCAGAAAGCUGUCUCGAAUGCAAUCACCACAAAUGCGCUGCCGGUGGCCGUCGAGCUCGGCAAUGUCGAGAUGAUCCAACUACUCCUCGCUCAUGGAGCCGAUGCUGACUUCAAUAAAGGACUUGCGCUAAAGCACGCGAUUGAGGUCAGCCGCUCUGAUAUCAUCAUCAUGUUCCUCCUGUGCGCGAGCCCUCCAGCUGAAGCAACGUUAGCUUCCAUGGUAUCGUAUGUCUGGUCAGAGCCUGUCAUAUUUGCUGGGCAGCAGGGCCAACUCAUUGAGCUUUUAUUGAAUGGCGGGGCCUGCGGAAAUGAGGUUGAUGCCGUUUUAUCCGGUGCUGUUGAGCAGCGGUGGGGAGAAAUGGUCCAGCUGCUGAUGGACAAAGGGACGCGCAUUAGUUGUUGCAAUGGCCAAGCCUAUCGAAACGCGGUCCACGCGGUUGAUUAUGAGAUGCUUCAGAUACUGGACAAAGAUAAACUCGGAGCAGACCUAGCAACGGACAUUUUCGGGUUGAUUCACACGACGCAGCACGGUGCAGGGAUACCACCACAGGACUGGUGGAAGCUUGCUACGCUUCUCCUAGGCCAAGGAGCUGCUGGUGAUGUAGUUCACGAGGCAUUGAUCAAUCGAGUCAGUGUCCGGGAUCUCAAAAGCGUCAAGCUACUUUUGGUAUACGGGGCGUCGGUGGAUUACAACGAUGGCCGUGCACUUGGUAUUGCAGUGAAAUCCGGGGAGAUGGAUUACAUUAUGACAAUUCUUGCCCACCAGCCCAAGAUUGAGACGCUCAAUACAGCUUUUUCGAGCGUUACCCAGCUUCCUCAAGGCAUUCAGCUGGAUAUAACGCGCCAGCUCCUCGAGGCCGGAGCAACCGGGCCCGCCGUCGACGAGGUUCUGGCCUUCGCCCUUACCACGCCAAUCUGUCAGCGCGACCACCAGUUGAUCGAGAUUCUCAUCGAUGGGGGAGCGGAUGUCGGGCAGAGGGAGGGGUUUUUCAUCCGUGAGGUGGUCCGAGAUGGGGACCUCGAGACUCUGCAGAUUCUCCUUCGCGGCGAAUUCUCCAUUACCAUUGCCUUUUCCUGCAUCCCCCUCACCUUGGACCUCGACGAGCGACGACAAUACAAGAUACUGCAGACUCUGCUCGACCACGGUGUGCGAGGCGGCCCUAUAGUAGCCCAGGCCCUUGUCGACAGCAUCGAUGAAAGCCGCGCUUCAUCACUAGCAGUCGCAGAGCUGUUGCUGACAACGGGGGUCGCAAACACGGCGUUCAACCAAGGAGAGGCUUUUACCAAGGCAAUCAAGUGCCAGGGUCUCGAGUUCCUUCAGCUUCUGGUGCAGUUCAAUCAGCUCGCCGAGUCCGAGUUUUGCUCGUGUCUUGUACUUGCUAUCACUCUGCCGCGGGACGAGAUGCGACUAAAGAAACUUGAGCUUUUACUAUCCGCUGAGGUGAACAUGUCGGCCGAGCAUUGGUAUACCGCUCUGAAACAGGAGAUGGUGUGUCUCCAGCAAGACGGCGAAGAAUCCUCAGUCGUGCUCCGUCUCCUUCUCGACGCAGGGGCCGAUGUCAACUACAACAAUGGCCAAGCUUUAUGCGAUUCCAUAGAUCAGGGGCUCUUGGAGGCUUUCAAAUUGUAUCUUUGUCGGCCACUAUCUGCCCAAACCCACGAAUCGGUGUUUAUCGAAGCAUGCGUGUAUGUAGUCAGCACAGCCGAUCUGCGUUAUAUCACGGAAUUGUUGAACUUUGAAACGCCAAACGACUUGCUCAACAGAGCCUUGAUUCUAUCUGCGAAAAAGGGCGAGAAAAUGAAAGGACUUUCCAAGCUUUUGCUGGAGCAUGGCGCAUCCACAAGCCACGACAAAGGGGCUGCAUUAUGCCAGGCCAUCAAGUCUCGUCAUUAUCACGCGAGCGUCAUAGAGUUGUUUCUCGGGUCUAAACCGUCGAUCGAGGCUAUUGCAGCGUCUUUGGAUUGCGCAUUUGAUGCACUCACAGGGCAGGAGCGGCUCGCGGCCAUCAACCUGCUUCUUACGUCUGCAAAGCCACAGGAAGCGGUGAAUGAGCUGCUUCUGAAAGCUGUGCGAGAGGAUCCGACAGAUCCGUACCUACUUAGAUCAGUGCUUCGAGCGAAUGCGUCAGCCCUACACAACAAUGGGGAAUGCAUCCUGCAUGCGGUGAUGAAAAACGAUAUCAACUCACUGGAAAUCCUACAACCCCACUUCAUCAACCAACGGGCUAUUGUCUCUCGAGUCUUCAAGUCCGCAUGGACGCAAGGAGCACGGGCGGAGUCUCAGGAAGCGGCUCUAUGUCUGCUGCUCAAGGCAGGUGCAACAGGCAAAUCGCUCAAUAUUGCCCUUGUCGACACAAUCGAGACUUUUGAUUCCUCGACAAACUCUCUGCAGCUUAUUCUGGAUCUUCUAGACGCGGGCGCUGAUGUCAAUUACGAUCACGGCGCCAGCCUUGUCAAGGCGGCGGCGAAGGGGAAUGCUCGUCUUCUCACGGAACUUUUCACUGCUUCCCCUACCCAGAAGAAUAUGACGCGUGCAUUCCCAAAUAUAUUCAAGUCAGGAGUCAACGGCCAAACGCUGACUGACAUGGUGCACGCCUUCUGCUCCCAUUCAGCUAAACCAGAUCUCGGGGCGUCGUCGAAGCCCGUCCUGCAUCUACUGCUCGACAACUAUCCCACGGAGCAGGCUCUUCUCAAAUUUAUGAUUGACGCAGGCUGUCGUGCCGAUACACCAGUAGAAACUAGCCGGGGAACGUAUUUGUCGUUAUUAUGCUGGGCCCUCGCCGAGAGCAAGAGUAAAAUAGGCGACGAGAUUAUCAAUACUCUACUUGCUUCUGGAGCGGACGCAAACUACAAGACGACAUCGGGCCAUACACCUCUUGGGAUCGCCAUUUCCACGUCACGGCAUCAGGCCGUUGCCAGUCUGCUGCGCCAUGGAGCAGACCCCACCGUCUUAUACGGGAUAAACUCACCCAAAUCACUGCUUCACCUUGCCGUCACAACGGAGAAUGCGGCCAUCGUCCGUCUUAUUCUGCUGGCGAGCCCAAUAGUAAACGACGGUGCGCUCCACUACGCCGCUAGAGAGGUCAAUAUCGAGAUUAUGUCAAUCCUCCUCAUUGAAGGGAAUACAAGGGACUAUGCAUACUCGGGCUGCGACGGCCGAACCGCGUUAGCCGAGCUCUGCCUCAAGGGCGACGCGACCAAGCCACAAAGUGAGCUUGUGCGGGCAAUGACUCUCCUUGGAGAUUUGCGCAACUUCAAGAAGAGGUCAAAUGGAAAGUCAGCCCUCCAUUAUGCACUCGACAAUCAGCGCAAUGCGACAGCCAUGACACAGGCGCUCCUUGACAGUGGCAUGGGAGACUAUAUCAACGAGGAGUUCAAUCUAUACGAGCAAGACGGACUGACAUACUCUCCUCUUGCGUAUGUAUCCAAAGGUCGCAACAAGGCGUCUGCCCUGGUUUAUCGCGAAUCCCUCCUAAAACUGCUCAAGCAAUUCGGGUGCAAGGACCGGUUCUGGGCACUCGAGGGAAACUCGCAACCGCCAGAUUUUAUCAAUCCGCCUGAGGAAAUUGCUCGAAUAUUGGCCGAGAAGAAGGAUCACGAACGCAUGCUGACACGGAUCCGCGAGCAGUCCGAGACUGCACAGGCUGCCAUCGCCGCCCAACACGAGCUCCUCCUCAAGAACGAAAAGGAAAUAUCCAAGCAACGAUCAAAAGUAGAGAAAGAAGCAGAAGCACGCCAUUUGAAGAUGGUGGCCAGUCGACAUUCCGCGGAGCUCGCACACAUUCAGAAUCUAGCUCAACAGCUCGGCCUAGGCUAUCACAGCCUGAACGACGAUGCUUUGGCGCAGUUCACUAGGUAUGAGCGCGAGAGGCGAAAGGCCGAGCUAGAGCAUCUUACAAAACAGCAAAAUUUGAUUACUGCGGCGUACAAGGAGCGCGCGGAUAUUGAGCAGAAGAAUCGCGAGGCCAACGCGCGCGAGAUGCGGCGGCUGAGGGAGCUGUGGUAUGAGGUGGACCCAUGGGAUUAG